CGCAACGUCAUUUUGAAAUUUUACCAAAACUUCAAGAUUAUCUCAGUAUCAUCCCCAUCCAAACGCCAAUUUACAUAAGGGGGGUACAAUAACUGCAAUGGGAGCAAAAGCAUCAAAACCCGCCCAAUCGGCGACGCGCAAAUUCCCCACGAGAGCACCCGGCAGCGCCGCUCCUCCACCACACGCCCGCUCCCGUCCGGCAGCGCAACGGACCCCCGAGCCGCGAGCGUCGUUUACAAAAGAUGACGCAAUCAAAGCAGACAGCGUAAACCCAAACCCAGACCCGAACCCGUUCACAGACGCCGCUUUCUCGCAACGGCUAAGACAGAUGGGCGUCGCAACGCCCAACCCGACGCUCUCCCACUCGUCCACGGCGUCGCCUCGCCCCGGCGCCCCGGACCAAGGGCCGCGGAGCCACAUAUACCCCUCGCCGGCGCAGAACCCGACGCUCAGCGCCCUCUCCGCGCGGCAGCGGCUGGAGGAGCGCGCGACGCUCGAGUUCGAGGACGUUCGCCGGGGGCGGGAGUUUCUGGACGUGGGCACGCUGAAGCAAGCGCUCGCGCUGCGGGAGCGAGGGACGCCGGCUGCUGAUAUCGAGAGGAGGUUAAGGCUUAAGAGCGGUGUUGUGGAGAGGUUGGGGCCGAGAGGGGUUACGUUGCCUUUGACUUAGGGAUAUAUAUGGGGAUAAAUACAUACGCCUGGCGAAGGAAAUAUGAGAAACGAACGAAUCAAGUUUGUUGCAUGGCAGCUUUACGAGGGCCCACG